GGCUGUGCGGAGCGGCGGGCGGGGCCUCUCCGGGGGCGGGCGGAUGGCCGCGGCGCUGCGCCGCCGCCGCUCGGUGCUGUCGCUGCGCGUCUUCUGCACCGCCAUGCAGCGCCCGGCGGGUCCUCCGUCGCGGCCGGGCAGCCCCGAGCGGGCGGACGGGGGGGGCUGGCUGAGCGCGCUGCGCUUCGACAACCUGGCGCUGCGCUCGCUGCCGGUCGACCCUUCCGAGGACUGCGCUCCGCGAGCCGUGCCCGGCGCCUGCUUCGCCCGGGUGCGGCCCACCCCGCUGCGCAACCCGCGGCUCGUGGCCAUGUCGGCGCCCGCGCUGGCGCUGCUGGGGCUGGAGGCCGGCGGCCCCGAAGCCGAGCGGGAGGCGGAGGCCGCCCUGUACUUCAGCGGGAACCGACUGCUGCCCGGCUCGGAGCCCGCGGCGCACUGCUACUGCGGGCACCAGUUCGGCAGCUUCGCGGGGCAGCUGGGUGACGGCGCCGCCAUCUACCUGGGCGAGGUGCGCGGCCCGCGCGGCGCUCGCUGGGAGCUGCAGCUGAAGGGCGCCGGGAUCACCCCCUUCUCCCGGCAAGCCGAUGGUCGGAAGGUCCUGCGGUCAAGCAUACGGGAGUUCCUGUGCAGCGAGGCCAUGUUCCACCUUGGAAUUCCAACAACGAGGGCUGGAACCUGUGUGACAUCUGACUCAGAAGUUGUUCGUGACAUAUUUUAUGAUGGAAAUCCAAAAAAAGAAAGGUGUACAGUUGUUCUGAGGAUAGCUUCUACAUUUAUAAGAUUUGGUUCUUUUGAGAUUUUCAAACCCCCUGAUGAGUAUACAGGACGCAAAGGUCCCAGCGUUAACCGGAAUGAUAUUCGGAUACAGAUGCUGGAUUACGUGAUCGGCACUUUCUACCCAGAAAUCCAGGAGGCGCAUGCAGACAACAGCAUUCAGAGGAAUGCAGCUUUCUUCAAGGAGAUAACAAAGCGGACGGCAAGAUUGGUUGCUGAGUGGCAGUGUGUUGGCUUUUGCCAUGGUGUGCUGAAUACGGAUAACAUGAGCAUAGUUGGACUAACUAUUGACUAUGGCCCUUUUGGAUUUAUGGAUAGAUAUGACCCUGAGCACAUCUGCAAUGGCUCUGAUAACACAGGGCGCUAUGCUUACAACAAACAGCCAGAGAUUUGCAAGUGGAAUCUAGGGAAGCUUGCUGAAGCCUUAGUCCCAGAGCUGCCCUUGGAAAUAAGUGAGCUCAUCCUGGAAGAAGAAUAUGAUGCAGAAUUUGAAAAACAUUAUUUGCAGAAGAUGAGGAAGAAACUAGGCCUAAUUCAGUUGGAAUUAGAAGAAGAUAGUAAGCUGGUGUCUGAACUGCUUGAAACCAUGCAUCUCACAGGUGGAGACUUCACAAAUAUUUUUUACUUGCUGAGUUCAUUCUCAGUAGAUACUGACCCUUCAAGACUGGAAGAUUUCUUAGAAAAGCUUAUCAGUCAGUGUGCUUCAGUGGAAGAACUGAGAGUUGCUUUCAAACCUCAGAUGGAUCCAAGACAACUGUCAAUGAUGUUGAUGUUGGCUCAGUCUAAUCCUCAGCUGUUUGCACUCAUUGGAACAAAAGCUAAUAUAAAUAAAGAAUUAGAACGCAUCGAACAAUUCUCUAAACUGCAGCAGUUAACAGCAGCUGAUUUACUCAGCAGAAAUAAAAGGCACUGGACAGAAUGGCUGGAGAAAUACAGAGUCCGUUUACACAAAGAAUUAGAAAGCAUUAGUGAUGUUGAUGCCUGGAAUACUGAACGUGUGAAGGUUAUGAAUUCCAACAAUCCAAAAUACAUCUUGAGAAACUACAUUGCUCAGAAUGCCAUAGAAGCAGCUGAAAAUGGGGAUUUCUCAGAGGUGAGAAAUGUAUUGAAACUCUUGGAAAAUCCAUUCCAAGAAACAGAAGAUUCCACGGAGAUGGAGACAAAAGAGGAGGAAGCAAGUGCUACAGCAGCUGCUUGUGCUCAAGCAACCAGAAGCAGGCUGUCGUAUUGCAGUAAACCUCCACUCUGGGCUUCAGAGCUCUGUGUUACAUGAUCUUCGUAACUGCCUUGUUUUAUUUUUUGCUGUAAGCUGAAGACUCUGAUCCUCCUUCAGCAGUGAAGAAUUGAGCAAGGCAAUAAUCAAAGUGCUAUUAAGUUAUUGAAACAACCCUACAUUUGGAUGCACCUACAACAGUCUUCAGCUGUGCUUCAUUUAGAGCAGUCUCGGAUCCUUGGAACGAGCUGAUAAUGCUGGACAGUCUGUACAAAUCGUUUCUCUGUGUGUUUUGAGACUGAAAGCCUUCCCUUUAUUCAUACCACGUUGCAGUAUUUUCUGUUGAGACCCGCUGACUUUUGAACAUCCAAAUGGAGUUGUUACGUGAAGACAAAAGUAUCAAGUCAGGAAUCUGAUCUGUUUUUGUCUGAUGUCUUAACUAAUAGUACUUCUAACAUCUAUUCGCUGCUCUUUCUAUGCAGGGAUUUCUGCUCCUCUAUAACAGAGGAAUAGAUUCAGCGAUGCUUGUUUUAAGCCAUGAUUCAGUUAAUUAGUUCAUUUAUUGUGAACCUUUAGGUUGAUAUUUAAUCUUUAUUUUCACAGAGUCUGCAGGCAGGGGGCUGAGGGGGAAACGAACAAACGGGUGGGUUUUGUUCUUUUUUGUGUUCUAUUAUGUAUAAUACUUAAAGAGCAGAAUUAAGGGAGACUCUGUAUUUGCACUUGAAAACCUUGGUGGUGAAGUCAGUUCAGAUUCACAAUGUUUAUGUGCAGUAUACACGUGUGUAAAUAUUUGCAAAAGCCAUGGGUGCAGUUUGUAAGCCAGCUGUAAGUUGACUCAGGCAAAUUCAGUUGCCUAAUUGAGCACGAAUUGUACGGGUGACCCCAGAACUCACAUAUGGGUUCCUUGUGUUGAUCUCUGUACUGCUGCCACAGUUCUCCUUGAGAGAAGCACGCAGCUGGGAUGCCUGUUCACAGUGGGCAGUGAGAUGCUUCCAUUCCCACUGUGGUCCGGCGUGUCUUACUUUGCUUCUGUGGCUUUUGAGAAGUUUUACACUGUAAAGAGAGGAACGUACUACUUGAGGAAUGUGCUAUUUGAGCAGUGUGUAAAAGAUUCUAGAGGAGGAUGGGAGCUGACUUGCUUGAAAAUGUAUUGAUAAUAUUUCAGUUGGUUUCAUUUGAGAUUUUAGGGGGAAAUCUGUUUCUUCUAUUGCCAUGUCGGCAAAAAUGAAAGAAGGUCCCAAGUUAAAGGUUUGACUGAGCUUUCUGAGCUUAUUUCUGAAGGGCUCUGGUUCACAUAUCCUUGUGCAAGUCUGAUGUGGUGCAAAGGUUUCUCUUUUCUAAAGAGGCCACUGUCUUCCACUGUGAGUUUAAGGGCAGUCUACUAAAUAGCUCUUUGCCCCUGUACAGGUCAGGUAUUAGCUCAGGUUGAAAUGUGCUCUUUUAAGUCUUCCUCAAAUAACGAGCUAUGGAGAAACAGGGAGAAAGCUGGGCUGCUGCCUGUCCAGUUCUGCUAAUAAUGAGUUUGUUCUUCCUGCCGCAGUAAAUAGGUGAUGUUUUGAAUGCAGACAUUCAUUCUGUCUUGUGUUUGACUUAGAGAAGCUGAUGCUAAGUAACGUCUGUGGCAAAUGAGAAUCUGACAAACACGGCACCUCCUGUGACAUCUCAGAGUCCUGACUGAAAAGGAUCAAUGUGAAGAAGUGUCUGUCCAGCUUGGGGCAGAAUGGUGCAUGUGGAAGAGGAUGUGCCUUCAAGAAGGCAGCAGUAAUGUGGGGGCUGGAGUGGAUGAUCCCUUCCAGCCCGUACAGUUCUGUGAUUCUGUAAUGCUUGCUGGUGCAGCUGGUUGUCUCCUGGAAGCAACCCAUUUCUGGAGGAGUUUGACUGCUGAAGUGACCAUUAUCAGACAUUAUCCUUCAUUGAACAUGGGGACUUCUGACACCAAACCACCUCAUGGAAGCUCUUACUGCGAGGCAGGGCUGGGUAAGGACUGCACCAGGGAAGUGGUCUAAAGUAGUGAUUUUAAACCAUACCUCAGGGAUUAUGUAUUUUUAAUGGCAUUCUGAUGUUACUUUAUUUUGGGGUAUGAGUAGAUCUUGUUAAUGCAUGGAGGAGAAUGGUAUUAUAGCACUGUAUUUGGACACAGGAGAUGGUGACUACUGAAUUAGUUUCCAUAUAAAGCAGCACAUUAAUUUGCCAUUGUGAUACCAAACUCAUGGAGAGAGAAAGAGGGAGAUACUUUGAAAUAGCUAGCAAAUUUAUCCUUAAAAAGGGAUGCCAAAUGUAAAAGUGAAGAAUGAAAACGUAGGGUACAUUGCCAACUGAAUGCAUUCUUAAGUGUGAAUCAGGUGCAAGAGGCCUGGAAAGCUUGAAAUCAUGACUAGAGAAGGCUCAUGGUGUGGCUGCGUUGGUGUGCCACUUAAGGCUGUGUUUGUCACAAUUACACCGUGCUCACCAGCUGUGAGUACGCUCUCCAUGUUUCUGCCAGGGCUGAGCUGUUGGCGUUGAACUGCUUGGUUUCUCAGUGCAUGCAAUAAUGCUCUGUAUUUGAGUAACAGUGACAACUGGAAGCCCAAUAGAAUACUCGUGCUCUUCUAGUGCCUUCAUUCCAAAAGGCAAAUGAGUUUCAGCUCAUCGAUAGUCACUUCGUUCUGUUCCCAGAGCAGUGUGGAAGUGGGAGCUUGUUAAGGACAGUUCAACUAAGCUUAGCCUAGCUAAGAACUUCAUCUUUUAGGUCAGCUCUUCAGAGAGAAGGAAAUGCAGCUUGUAACAUUUGAGAGUCUGAAUAUUUGAAUCAUAAAUCACUGCUUGUUUGUUUUUUUUUAGAGCUCAUAUGUGCUGUACUUAGGCCUGAAAAUAAUUAUUUCUGAUCAGAAACUCUGCUUAUAUAAAAAGACUUUUAGGUUCAGAAUGAAUUUGUGACUCUUCAACACCACCAGUGGUGUUCUUUGGAAGCCCUUCGGUUGCACUUUGGUCCUCUGCCUAUACAACCUGACCCGCCAUUGCCUGAAGGCAGGUGGCUCCCAGGGGCCCAGCAGCCUCACACUGCAGUGGGGCUCCUCUCGUGACUGAGAUCUCACCAUCACUGCUUCCUCAGCUUGUAGAGCUAUCAUUGCCUCAUGUUUGACUGUCGGUGUUCUCUUUGGAACGUUUGUUUGUUUCUCUUCAGACAAAUGCUGCUACUGUCUUUAAUUCUUUUAUUAAAAGAAAAAAUACAUCCGAAAUGCAAUUUUAA